AUGGCGAUGAUGGCAGCCCGAGAUGGCCUAGGAAGGAACACCACCUGCCCGCUCGCCUCGGUGGUGCCCAGCCAGGCCGGCGCUCCCCCACCCACGCUCUGGCUCUCGGCGACGCUCUCCGAAAUUCAUAUUUUCCACAUUUUCAUUUCCCACGCUGGUAAAACGGGGUUUGCAUUAGUGAAGGAGGCAGUGGGCCAGGAGCUGAGCCAGAAUCCGCAGAACAUGAAUGGAAACGUCCCCCUGCCACAGUCGCCGGCCGAGCACAAUGAGCCACAUACCUCAAGCACGCAGCCGGCGAUGACCUCCGCUAAUGAGAACGACCUACAACAGACAGGGUCUCCUGACAUCACAUCCAGCAUCUGGAAUGAUGCUGAGCCUGUGGAUGAUGCCACAGACAGGCGCUGGGGAGCAGCGGCAGAUCCCCAGAGGGAAACGGAGAAGCAGAGAAGGGGGCAAGCCGAAGGACCGGGGAGCGCCACAGGCAGCGGCACCAGUCUGGUCUUGACAAACGGGUUGCAUGGUGAACCCGAGCCUGGGGAAGGGAGAGAUUUGGACCGCAAGGAGGGAGAAGAGGCAGAGACUCAAAGCAGCCCGAGUACAGGCAGCCCAGCUUCGGAAGAGAGGGCCUCGGCGAGGAAGCGGCUCUUCCGCAAGACGAGCGGCCACGCAGAGCUGCUAGACCCGGAGGACGGAGAAGAACAGCUAAGCUUUGCUAUUGCAGAAGCCCAGCUAAGGGGCCUUGAUGAUGACAGGGAAGAUUUUGCCUUUAAGGACAUCAGGGAUGGAUUCAGCUCUACCUUUGAGAAAAUCGUGGAGUCUGACCUCAUGAAGGGCACCUACUACAGCAGCAUGGACUCCUUGGACGUGCUCUCACUGACAGACGAGACCGACAGCUGUGUCAGCUUCGAAGCGCCGCUCACCCCUCUCAUUCAGCAAAGGACUAAGGAAAGCUCUGAACUUUCGGAGCAGAAGCUCGCCGCUCAGCGGAAGGAAGCUCUGGAGGAGCCCGUGGCCAUCGACAGGCAGGACGAUGCCAUGGCCAAGGCCACCGACGGCGAUUUUGGGAGCCCGCUGAAGCACUCCAUCACCAGCAGCCGCUCGGAGAACGUGCUCAGCCGGGCGUACUUGAAAAACAUCCCCAAUGGGUACCAUGUCGAGAGACCCGAGGACGAAGCCGCCAAGCUUAUUAACUCUGUCAGCGAAGCCAGCAUCAAAGACACCCUUUCUGACUCGGAUUCCGACAUGGGCAGCACAGAACAACUGGACCAGGGAAGCACGGACACUCUCGCCAACGGCUGCAAGGCAGACAGCGAGGCUGCCAAGAGGUUGGCCAAAAGGCUCUAUCACCUUGAAGGGUUCAAGCACUGUGACGUGGCGCGCCAGCUUGGGAAGAAUAAUGAAUUUAGCAAGCUGGUAGCAGAAGAGUAUCUCCGUUUCUUUGACUUCACUGGGUUGUCCUUGGACAAAGCACUCAGAACAUUCCUAAAAGCCUUCCCCCUCAUGGGAGAGACACAGGAGCGGGAACGCGUCCUCAUCCACUUCUCACGCAGAUACUGUCACUGUAAUCCGGAGGAGAGCACGUCUGAAGAUGGGAUCCAUACCCUUACCUGUGCCCUGAUGCUGCUCAAUACAGACCUGCACGGACAUAAUAUCGGGAAGAAAAUGUCCUGCCAGCAAUUUACUGCUAACCUGGAUGGAUUAAAUGAUGGGAAGGAUUUUCCAAAGGAUCUGUUAAAGAGCCUGUAUAACUCCAUUAAAAAUGAGAAGCUUGAAUGGGCUAUGGAUGAAGAUGAACUCAGAAAAUCGCUGUCAGAACUGGUUGAUGAUAAAUUUGGUGCCGGUGCCAAGAAAGCGCCCAGGAUAGUGGACGGAAGCAACCCUUUCCUGGACGUUCCCCAGGCCCAGAAUGCCAUCACCUACAAGCACGGCAUCCUCACGCGGAAAACCCAUGCCGACAUGGACGGGAAGAGAACUCCCCGGGGACGACGAGGAUGGAAGAAAUUUUAUGCAGUGCUGAAAGGAACCAUUCUGUAUCUACAAAAG